CAAUGAUUCUACAAAGUAACUUCACUCGAGCUGUCUGCCACAAUCGAAUCGUUACCAUGUGGACUUUACGUAUUCAAUGAACUUCUAACGAGAUUUCUCUCCGUUAGGCUAGCAGUAUUCUAUUGUCCUAUGGCUUACUGUCCGAAUCUGUCUCCCUGCCACUCUGGAGGCAUUAUAAAUAUACUCGAUACUAUGUUCACCUCCCUCUUCACAACUCUGAGGUUGCUCGGCGUACUGAUAUGAACUAUUUCACCCCACCUUGUCGCUUUUAUUUCACCUUCUCUAUUGAUGUGGCCGCAACUCUGGAGCUGUACUGCGACGGAGGCGACGAUGCUAUGCUGCAAAAGCUGUCUAGUCUAGAGAGCAGAAAGUACGCUGGUUACUGCAUAGAGAAAGACCCCUCAACCGAGGGGGAUAUCAAAUUUCAUACAAUCAGCAUUCGACCGGUACAACAGGGCCUCACGAAGCCUUACCCUCGAGAUUUUCCCCGUUCACGGCCUGCAAUGUGCAUUCCGAUCCUACCAGAGACAGCUCAUCCGCGAUUCAGGACCCCUCUGAAGCUUUCGAAGCCUUUGCCCUGGAGCAACUGCUACCAUCCCACCUGUUUCGAUAUUCGCGCGCGCGUACCGAAGGAAGUACGCAACUACCUUCAAACACCUCGACUACGGUCUCCAUCCCCUGCGCUCACCAAACCUCUCUUGCAGGAUGAGGAAUUCUACCACCUCCUUCGGGCUGGAGUCAACGAGGAUCGAAUCUUGAGAAUUCUCGACGGUAUAGAACAGUGUCCAGACAUAUGCAUGGACCCUCCAGACGACACUUCGGAGACUUGUAGAACCUUCCUAGCGAGGAUACCAGGCAUCGAUGAGCUCGAAGCGGACAAUGGAUUUAUACCAGUUCUUCGCAUCGACCAUAUCCUGACGAAUGUCCCAGAAAUAUCUGACCCGUCGGACCUUUGGGAAGACCGCAGUCUUUUUCGGAGAGUUGUGCGUGAGUAUCAACUUUCACGAUACGGACCAGUUCUUUUGGUAAGGCCAGAGGAACCGAUCCUUGAUGACACUCUAUCCAAGGAUGAUACCACUCUUGAGCCGUCUGAGGAUUCUAUGGAAGAUUUCGGUUCUGGAUCUGAUUUCUCGGAUACAUAUGGAGUUCGGUCGUUACCUGACUCGGAUGAGGUUUCUCAAACACUAUCCCAUAGACGAAAAGGAAAAUGGAAAAUCAAGUCACCGAUUAAACGGGCAAUCACCAAGUUCGCUAGGCUCGUGAGGUGGUAGCAGGCCUCUAGCAAGUCAUCAUCGCGUCCAUGACAGGCAGACUCGAUAUUUUACGACAACUUUCUUUCGAGAUUUCCGCGCGAUAUCUACUAUACUGGUGUUGUCGCAUUGUCCAUCGUCUUAUCGUCGAAAGCAACGUUAGUACUUGCAUCGAUCUCAUUGUGCCACAACACCGUCCUCGGAGACCGAUGAAUUUUUUGGGAUAGGAGUCGCUGAACUGAGUUCUUACAAUUAGCUGAAUAAAUACCACUACAUACCCUGUUCACGUGCAUGAGCAGUCGCUACG